AUGGGUGCAGAGAAAGGGAUGGAGAUGGGUUUACUAGUCACAUUAAUAGCUGCUGUAACAACAAUGAUGCUCUGGGUGGGAGGUGCGGCUCAAUCAUCAGGUUGCACAAAUGUGAUCGUUAGCAUGGCACCUUGUCUCAACUACAUUACUGGUAGUUCAUCAAACCCAUCUUCCUCUUGCUGCCAACAGCUUGCGAGCGUGGUUCAAUCGCAGCCACAAUGUCUCUGCAAAGUGCUUAAUGGUGGUAGUAGUGUAACUGCAGCAUUGGGCAUUUCCAUUAAUCAAACACUUGCUCUGGCACUCCCUGGUGCUUGUAAUGUCAAGACUCGACCAGUUAGUGCUUGCAAUGUUGUUAAUGGACCAUCAAGUUCCCCGGCGACAGAAUCUCCGGUGGGUUCUCCUAUAAGUAGUAGUACUGUUCCAAAGGAAUCAUCAGAUGGAAAUACAGAUUCUACAACUACUACUCCAGUAUCAAACACUCCUUCAGGAAUUGGGUCAAAGGCAGAACCAUCGACAGGGAUGGAUACAUCUGAGGGAACUAGAAUCAUUACCAAAUCACCACUUCAUCUUGUUGUCUUGGUUCUGUUCAUCAUGCUGGCUUCAUUUGCUUCAACUCUCACUAGCCUCUGAGUUUUCCUUGGCUCUGGGGACUUGUUUUUCCACUUUAUAGAGUUCCUCCUUU